GAAGGGAAAAAGAGCGCCAGCUGCUGGCCAGUGCACGUGACCGGGAAGGAAGGCACUCCCGCCCAUGACGGGAUGAGAAAACUAUGCCUGGGGCCCGCAUCUCCCGCUGCUGCAGGCAGGACCGAGAACCACCAGAGCUGGACGUGGCGCGGGGUAGAGAGGCAAGAAGACUUGAUGAAGCCUUUCUCCUCAACCCAUAGUCAGAAAGAACAAUUUAGAUGACAGUGUUCAAAAAGGUGACCACCAUGAUAUCCUGGGUACUCUUGGCCUGUGCUCUUCCAUGUGCUGCUGACCCCCUACUUGGUGCGUUCGCUCGAAGGGACUUCCAGAAAGGUGGCCCUCAACUCGUCUGCAGCCUGCCUGGUCCCCAAGGCCCACCUGGCCCUCCAGGAGCACCAGGAUCCUCAGGAAUGGUGGGAAGAAUGGGUUUUCCUGGUAAAGAUGGCCAAGAUGGCCAGGAUGGAGACAGGGGGGACAGCGGAGAAGAAGGGCCACCUGGACGGACAGGCAACCGUGGAAAACAAGGCCCAAAGGGCAAAGCAGGAGCCAUUGGGCGGGCCGGUCCUCGAGGACCCAAGGGGGUCAGCGGUACCCCAGGGAAGCAUGGCACACCAGGCAAGAAGGGACCUAAAGGCAAGAAAGGGGAGCCUGGGCUCCCAGGGCCCUGCAGCUGUGGCAGUGGCCGUGCCAAGUCGGCCUUUUCGGUGGCGGUGACCAAGAGCUAUCCACGGGAGCGACUGCCCAUCAAGUUUGACAAGAUCCUGAUGAAUGAGGGUGGGCACUACAAUGCAUCCAGUGGCAAGUUCGUCUGCAGCGUGCCAGGGAUCUACUAUUUCACCUACGACAUAACGUUGGCCAACAAGCACCUGGCCAUCGGCCUGGUGCACAAUGGCCAGUACCGAAUUCGGACUUUUGAUGCCAACACUGGCAACCACGACGUGGCCUCGGGCUCCACCAUCCUAGCUCUCAAGGAGGGUGACGAAGUCUGGCUGCAGAUCUUCUACUCGGAGCAGAACGGACUCUUCUAUGACCCUUACUGGACCGACAGCCUCUUCACGGGCUUUCUCAUCUAUGCUGACCAAGGAGACCCCAAUGAGGUAUAGACAAGCUGGAAUUGAGCCUCCAGGAAGGGACUGAGUUUCUGGGGAUGGGUGCUGAUGGAAGAGGACCCCUGGGCUGGGGGUGGGGUCUGGCUAUCUUGGGAGCUUCUAUUCCCAGGAUGGCCUCCUCUUUUGCUGCUUAAAAAUAUCAUUAAAUCCAAGCUUUUGAUUCAUUA